AUGGCUCGAUUAUCAGGUCUUCAGAGAGAGGUAUUGUCUCUCUAUCGGAAAUGUUUGAGAGAGAUUCGAAAGAAACCCUUAGAGACGAGAAGUAAUUUUAAGACUUACGCUAGGACGGAAUUUCAAAAAUACAUCACCGUUAACAAGAAGGAUUUCAAUGCUAUUGAGUAUUUACUGCGCAAAGGGCAUAGGCAGCUUGAAAUGUAUUCCUCCCCUGGAAUUCGCAAUAUCCACAUAACUAUGGCGUUCUUCCCCAACAUCUCCGGCGACUUCGCUCCUUUGUUCCAUUUACUUGAUGACUAUGAUGUCCACCGAGCAUGCCGCCCAAAGCGGAGGACUACACCUGUUCGCUCUUUGACGCCUCGCUUUGAUGUCUAUGAAAUAAACAACAGUUACCACCUUAAUGGAGAGCUACCUGGCGUAAAUCAAAGCAGCCUCGAUAUCGAGUUCACCGACCCUCAUACGCUGGUCAUAAAGGGCUGCGUCGAGCGCAACUACAGCGACAGCACAUCCAAUACCAAAGAGCAGGCCGAAGUUCUCAAUGACGCCUCUUCUGUCAAGUCACUCCAGCCAACAGUUGAAGACGAAGAUGAAGAAGCAAGCGACACAGCAUCUGCCAGUUCAUCUACCAAAUCUUCAAAGCAGGCGACCGCCCAAGAGCAGACCAAAUCGCACUACAAAUAUUGGAUCGCCGAGCGCCCAGUUGGCGAGUUCCACCGAGCCUUUACUUUCCCGACAAGAGUAGAUCAAGAUACAGUCAAGGCUACUCUGAAAGAUGGGAUCCUUUCCGUUAUUAUCCCAAAGGAACCUGCCCCAACCUUAAAGAAAAUCCGCGUCGAGUGA